AUGUACAUCAUCUCCACCAGCAUCGAGAUUGCCGCCCCUCCGGCCGUCGUGCGGGACAAGUUCCUCGAGUUCUCCGCCAUCCCCAGCUACAGCCCCCACGGCUUCAUCCGCGCCAUCACCCCGCCCGGCGACAAGCUGCAGUGCUCGCUGGGCUACGGCAAGAUGAACUUCUCCCCCGUCGUCACCACCAACGAGCCGGCCUGCUUCAGCUGGACGGGCUCCGUCCCGGGCGUGUUCGUGGGCGAGCAUCGCUUCGGCUUCGAGGCGGGCCCCGACCCCGCCCGCACCCGGCUGGUGCACGAGGAGCGGUUCACCGGCCUGCUGGCCUUCCUGAUGGGCGAGGGGCUGGUCGCCCGGUCGGCGGACAUGCGGGCGUCCACCCAGCAGGGCUUCGAGGACUUCAACCGCCUCUUCCGGGCCUGGGUGGAGCGGGAGGUCUGA